AUGACUCUCUACUACACUCUGGUGUUCGCCCUCCUGAUGUUCGAGAUGGGCCUCUUUGUCGUUCUUAUCCUCCCUCUACCACACUCUGUCAAACGCAAACUAUUCGCAUUCAUCUCCGAGAGUCCUCUCGUGGCCAAAGCACAAUAUGGCUUGAAGAGAAACAACAAUCAGGCAAUGCUUGAAGGCUCUGGCCGCAUGGAGGUGCAGGCCCGCAAGUUCUAUGCUCAACGCAACAUGUACCUCUGUGGUUUCACUCUAUUCCUCUCCUUGAUCCUCAAUCGCACAUACGUGAUGAUUCUCGACACACUCCGUCUGGAAGAGAAAGUUAAGCGUUACGAGGGCGACCCAUCGGCAAAAGGCAAGGCUAGCGAGCAACUUGCACAAGCUGGCGAUGCUGGUGAGAUCGGCAAGCUUAAGAAGCAGCUUGCGGCGAAGGAUCGUGAUAUCGAGACCUUGAAGAAGCAGACGAAUGGGUUGCAGAAUGAGUACAACCGCAUGGGAGAUAACGUGGCUUCCUCGGAUGGGACGCCAAAGAAAGAUCGCUGA